UCCAUCUACUUUAAUUUUCUUAAAUGGGAACAGACAGACAGACCCGAUAUCACUGUCUGUUUACAGUUAUUGGGUCUCUUCAAAUGAUUGAACAAGCGAUUGAUGUUGCUAUGAGUGCAUUCAUUUUUUUGCAGCUGUGAAAGAACUAAAUUCAGAUGUGUGAAAUAAAUGAUUGAAAUUUGAAAAAAUCCAAAUAUGCAGCGGGAAUUGGAGAUGGAAAAAGUCACGGAAAAUAAAAGUGUAAAAAGUCAAGAUUCUUUUGCACUUUCAAAAGUUGGCAGUCUUUAUUUCGGACCAAAUCCAUCCGCCGAAGCUCAAAGACUCAUAGAACAAGCAAAGGAACUAAUCAGAGAGAACAAACGGAUUCAAGAAGCCAAAGCAAUGUUACUGCAAGAGGAAGCGGAACUUUACAAUAGAAAAGUUUACUUGAACUCUGAAAAUUCCUCAAGUCACGUUUUUCAAGCCGAUGCUGAGCUGCACAGACUGUUGAGCGAAACAAUCGCCUUGUCAGGCAAGGGUAAGCAAAUUGAUGAUCGCAAGGCGCAAUUGGAAUUAUACUACAAAGAAUUAAAACGGCGUAAAGAAUUUCUUCAAGAAGCCAUCAAGAUGCAUGAACAACACCAACACAGCCGAGGAUGGAGACCAGCCCUGCCAAAGUAGACGCUACCUUCGAUAAAGCAAAAAGGAACAUUUGGCGCGAUGUACUCGGAUCCCCGCGAUACGUGAUCGCUCCGAUGGUGGACGCGAGCGAAUUAGCGUGGAGAUUGCUCUCCCGCAGACACGGUUCUCAACUCUGCUACACCCCGAUGUUGCACUCCUCGGUUUUCUGCAGGGAUCCGAAAUACCGGCGCGAGGCCCUUGCCAGCUCCGCGGAGGACCGUCCGCUGAUAGUACAGUUUUGCGGCAAUGAUCCAAAAAUAUUGCUGGAAGCAGCCCUCCUUGCCGAGCCUCAUUGCGAUGCCAUUGAUAUAAAUCUCGGCUGUCCACAAGCCAUAGCGAAGCGUGGUCAUUACGGGGCAUUCCUCCAAGAUGACUGGGAACUACUGAAAAACAUCGUGCGGACCUUGAGCCAAGGAAUAAAGAUUCCCGUUACCUGCAAGUUAAGGAUUUUUUCCGAUAUCGAUAAGACAAUCGAUUACGCUCACAUGCUUGAAAACGCCGGAGCAGCCAUGCUCACUGUUCACGGACGAACCAGAGAUCAGAAGGGGCCUUUCACAGGGUUAGCAUCCUGGAACCAUAUCAAAGCUGUCAGGGAACAUGUUAAAAUCCCAGUGCUUGCAAAUGGUAACAUACAGACAGUACAGGAUGCAGACCGAUGCAUUGAGGAGACGAAUGUUGAAGGAGUUAUGUCCGCAGAAGGAAAUUUGUACAACCCUUGUAUAUUUGAAGGGCGUUAUCCACCAGCCUGGGAACCUGCGUCAGAGUAUUUGGAUCUUGUGGAACGAUAUCCUGCCCCCAGCUCUUUCAUACGCGGACAUUUGUUCAAAUUAUUUCAACACAUACUUUGUCUAGCAGGAAAUGAAGAGGCGAGGGCAAACCUGGCGAGAAAUUCUACGAUGGAAUCGUUUAGAGGUGUGGUGGAGGCUCUUAGAGCUCGAUAUUUGCCCUACCAUGAAGGCCUUAUGCUGUGGGAUGAUAAGAGCAAUGAUUAUAAUUUGAAAUUACCACCGUGGCUGUGCCAGCCGUACAUGAGGGAUUCGCCCCAAGAGCACCUAAUCAAGGUGGAAGCAAAAAAAAGUGAACAGGAAAAUAGCACAAUAAAAAGGAAUUUGAAGGAUGGAGAUGGUAACGACAUUUCAAGAAAAAAACUCAAGAAACUUCGUCGAAUCGCUAGGCGACCCAACAGACAGUCUGCAUCUGUUAAACGUGGCUCAGAUCUAUGUACCACCUGUCCAAAUCCAUUGGGAUACAAAUGUGGAUACAAACUGUGUCGACAGUGUUGCAGGGCGAAAUGCUACAAGGAAAAUUUGGAUUGUGCAGGUCACAGAAAUCUCGCGAAAACUAGACGACAAAUAGCUAUUCAAUUUGCGGCAGAGAGACAAGAGAUCGGCAAUGUUAAUUAAUUGACAGAUUAUUGGGGAAAAAAUAUUAUGUAAAUGCAAAUAAUAGAUAACGGAAAUAACGGUGCAUA